UCCUGAGGUGCCCUCCCUCAGCCGCCACCACCACCCUGCCCCACCUAGUGGGGUAUUUGCUUUCACCCCCUGUCUACUGGCAGGUUCGUGUUCAUUCUUUCAGUCUGGCUCAAGUAAUUACUUCCCUCCAAGGCUACAAGCUGGAGGUGGUGAGAUACCUCCUUCUUUUCAAUGCCUACAACCUUCCCUCAGCACAACCCUCGUUAGAGCACUUAUCACCGUGUUUUGAAACUGUUUGUCAACUUGUACAUCUCACUUCCUUGACCUCGAAUUCUUAAGGCGGGUCGUUGUCCUACUCAUCGUAUGUUCUCCAGUCCUAGAAAUUUGACGGUGAGAACAUGUACAUGAGCAUGACAGAGCCAAGCCAGGAUUAUGUGCCAGCCAGCCAGUCCUACCCUGGCCCGAGCCUGGAGAGCGAAGACUUUAACAUCCCGCCCAUCACCCCUCCCUCCCUCCCUGACCACUCGCUGGUGCAUCUGAGUGAGGUUGAGUCUGGCUACCACGCUCUCUGCCACCCCAUGACCCACAAUGGCCUGCUUCCAUUUCAUCCCCAAAACAUCGACCUACCUGAGAUCACCGUCUCCAAUAUGCUGGGACAGGACGGGACGCUGCUUUCCAACUCCAUUUCUGUGAUGCAAGAUAUACGGAACCCAGAAGGAACCCAGUAUAGCCCCCACCCCCAGAUGGCAGCCAUGAGGCCCAGGGCUCAGCCCACAGACAUCAGGCAGCAGCCCGCCAUGAUGCAGCACGGUCAGCUGACAACCAUCAACCAAUCGCAGCUGAGUGCUCAGCUUGGUCUGAACAUGGGCGGGAGCGCGGUUCCCCACAGCUCGCCGUCGCCACCCGGAAGCAAGUCUGCAACUCCUUCCCCAUCCAGUUCAGUGCACGAAGACGAAGGCGAUGACACCUCUAAGAUCAAUGGUGGUGAGAAGCGGCCUGCCUCUGACAUGGGGAAGAAACCAAAAACCCCCAAAAAGAAGAAGAAGAAGGACCCUAAUGAGCCCCAGAAGCCUGUGUCUGCCUAUGCGUUGUUCUUUCGCGAUACCCAGGCUGCCAUCAAGGGCCAAAAUCCAAAUGCUACCUUUGGUGAAGUCUCUAAAAUUGUGGCUUCAAUGUGGGAUGGUUUAGGAGAAGAGCAAAAACAGGUCUAUAAAAAGAAAACCGAGGCUGCAAAGAAAGAGUACCUGAAGCAGCUAGCAGCAUACAGAGCCAGCCUUGUAUCCAAGAGCUACAGUGAACCUGUUGACGUGAAGACAUCUCACCCUCCUCAGCUGAUCAACUCAAAGCCGUCCGUGUUCCACGGGCCCAGCCAGGCACACCCCGCUCUGUAUCUCAGUUCCCACUACCACCAGCAACCAGGAAUGAACCCCCACCUAACGGCCAUGCCCCCUAGCCUUCCAAGGAACAUAGCGCCCAAGCCGAGUAACCAAAUGCCAGUGACUGUCUCUAUAGCAAACAUGGCUGUGUCCCCCCCGCCACCUCCCCUUCAGAUCAGUCCACCUCUUCACCAGCAUCUCAACUUGCAGCAGCACCCACUUCCCAUGCAGCAGUCCAUUGGGAACCAGCUACCCAUGCAAGUCCAGUCGGCUGUGCAUUCACCCCCCAUGCAGCAAGGAUUUACUCUUCAACCCGACUAUCAGGCUAUUAUCAACCCUACAUCUACAGCUGCACAAGUUGUCACGCAGGCUAUGGAGUACGCGCGUUCUGGGUGCCGAAAUCCUCCCGCCCAGCCCGGGGACUGGAAUAACGACUACUGCAGCAGUGGGGGCAUGCAGAGGGACAAAGCACUGUACCUUACCUGAAACUCUGAACACCUCUUCUUUCCACGGAGGGAAGUCCUUUCACCAUGGAUUGCUUUGCACAGCCAAGGCAGUUUCUCCAUUUUAUUAGAAAAUGCAAGUUGCUAAGCACUUAGGACCAUUUGAGCUUGUGGGUCACCCACUCUGGAAGAAAUAGUCAUGCUUCUUUGUUAUUUUUUUAAUUCUUUAUGGACAUUGUCCUUCUUCUUCCUUGAAGGAAAUUUGGACCAUUCCGAUUUUAUGUUGGUUUUUUUGCUGUGAAGUGCUGCGCUCUAGUAACUGCCUUAGCAACUGUAGAGGUCUUGGAUAAAAGUCCUGGAUUUUCCAUUGGUUUUCAUAAUGGGUGUUUAUAUGAAACUACUAAAGACUUUUUAAAUGGCUUGAUGUAGCAGACAUAGCAAGUUUGUAAAUAGCAUAUAUGUUACACUCUCCUAGAGUAUAAAAUGUGAAUGUUUUUGUAGCUAAAUUGUAAUUUGAAACUGGCUCAUUCCAGUUUAUUGAUUUCACAAUAAGGAUUAAAAAUUGGCAAACAUUCAUAUUUUUACUUCAUUUUUAAAACAGCUAAUAGUUCUAUAUUUUCAAAAUAUUUGGAAAAAAGUAUUCCCAAAUGAUUUUAAUUUAAUAACAGAUUGGCUUUGUCUCAUUGAUCAGACAAAAAGAAAUGAGUGUUAAGAGAAGCGCAAACACAUUUAUUUUGUACUGCAGAAAAAUUGCUUUUUUGUAUCACUUUUUGUGUAAUGGUUAGUAAAUGUCAUUUAAGUCCUUUUAUGUAUAAAACUGCCAAAUGCCUACCUGGUAUUUUAUUAGAUGCAGAAACAGAUUGGAAACAGCUAAAUUAUAACCUUUACAUAUGGUUCUGUAUUAUUGUUUCUUCAUACUGUGUCUGUAUUUAAUCUUUUUUUAUGGAACCUGUUGCGCCUAUUUAUGAAAUAAUAAAUAUAGGUGUUUGUAAGUAAAUUUGUUAGUAUUUGAAAGAGAUUUCUUUGAUGUUUUAACUUUUGCUGGCAAAAAAAUAAUAAUUCACGCUUGGUGUGAAUGCUUUAUUUCAUUUUUACAGUGACAUGAAUAAAGCCAAACCUGCUCUUCAUUUUGCAGCAAAUUAAAGUAACCAAUCCUUCUUUCUGCAUUUCUUUGAUUGAUGCAAAAGAAAAACUGUGAUAUCUAAGAACUAACUUUCUUUAUACAAUAGAAUAGAGGAUUGCCCUAAAAGUCAUACAAGCUUCCAGACCAAACAGACGGGUCCUCUGUCUAGAAGGGGUCGCUUCUUGAUACUCAGCUGGUUUUAGUCAAUUCUGUAAACUUCCCUCCAAAAAACAAAUUAAAGCCAAAGCAACCAAAAUUCAUCAAGCUGCAUGCUUUUCACAAGAUCCCGAAAACAUUUAAGAAUUGAACCAAGGGCAGGAGGGAAUAAAGAGGCAGUGCCCUGUCGAGAAUACAUCCUGCAAUGAAAGGUGAGUAACCAGACAGCAAAAAAAGUGGGAAAGCCUUCCAAAUCUGAAAGCUGUUUGAUGGAAAUUGAGAUUCUUGCUGUCUUUUGUGCCUCUACAAGUUAUUUCUCUUUCCAGAAUUCCUGAGUCUUCCGAGAGAAUUCUGAGUAGACGAGAGAUUUGCUAGGGAACCAAGAGCAUUGAGAAUCUGGCUGAAGGUUUGCAUAGUUUUUAAAUUAAAAAGCUUUGAAAUAAAUAAUUAAAAACAAACAAACAAACAAACAAACAAAAAAAUCCCAUACAGGGGAUUAUAUCCAGAAAGCUAUCCUGGUUAGAAUUCAAGAGAAUAGCUGAUGUCUCUUUCAUGGAAUGUGUGAGAGAAACUUAGCAGUUUAAUCAAAUACAAAUAUACUCAUUGUAUAAUCCAGUCAGAAUUAAAAAGACAAAGGUAUACUUGCUUUGGAAUGGUUUUAGGCAUUGUACAACCUUGAAUCACUUGAGCAUGUAAUAACUAAUAAAUAAUGCAGAUCAAAUGUGAUUUUUUAAAUGACUGUAGCUGAGAGCUCUAAUUUUCCUGUCUUGAAACUGUGUAAGAGCUCAUGUGAUUAAGUUCACAGUUUAUUGUUUGUCUGUUUAGUAUUGUAGAAAUAUACCAGGACUAUUAAUUA